AUGCCCUUUAAAUUGGGAUUUGUUCUAAACAAACGUUAUAUUGGUGGAGACAGGCGGUUAGAUGAAUACUGUAAUGAAUUACAACACGUGGAAAGCUGUGCAAAGAAGCUAUUAAAGGAUGGCAAGAAAUGCAUUGACGUUGGGAAAGCAACCAUGAAAAUUGAAGAGCAAGUCUUUGACUGCUUAUGCGAUGUGCAUAGCUGCGUUGGAAAAUCAAACGAUCGAUUGGCUAAUGACGUUGAUAUUCUUAAGGAAAGUCUACACCACACAGCUGAAGGAUUGAUUUAUAAUUUUCGGAAGACUAUUGCUGAGCCUCUCCACAGAUUGAAUUCAAUUUUUCCCCACGCAAAUGCAGCUAUUGCAAAGUUCGAUGGCACAUUUAAGGAAUGUGAAAAAUUACAGGCCAAAGUCGAUAAAUUAAUCGAUAAAGCACGUUCUCCACAGCAAGAUGUUAAGCUAGAACAGAAUGAAAAAGCGUUAGCACGAGUGAAAGCCGAAUACGAAAAAAGUCACGAGGCAUUACUAGAGGACGUAGAAAGCUUUUGUCGGAAUUAUCGGGAAUACUUCAAUGCCAGUAUAGAAGCUUAUUUUAAAAUGCAGGCACUAUUUUAUGAUGACUACGACAGGACCUUAGACUCUAUCUCUAACAAUUUUGAUUUAACUGCCGCUGAAUUGGACGAUAGCGCAUUUGAUGACUACUUGAAAGAACAAAUAAGACUAUUGGGAUCUGACAGCUGA